GCAGGCACCAAGAAGAGCCCGGAAAAGAGCAGAAGGCGCAGCCAGCUCCAACGUCUUCUCCAUGUUUGAUCAGUCCCAGAUCCAGGAGUUUAAAGAGGCCUUCACCAUCAUGGACCAGAACCGGGAUGGCUUCAUCGACAAGGAGGACCUGAGGGACACCUUUGCUGCUCUGGGCCGCAUCAACGUCAAGAACGAGGAGCUGGAGGCCAUGGUGAAGGAGGCUCCCGGGCCCAUCAACUUCACCGUCUUCCUGACCAUGUUUGGGGAGAAGCUGAAGGGCACGGACCCAGAGGAGACCAUUCUCCAUGCCUUCAAGGUGUUCGACACUGAAGGCAAAGGCUUCGUCAAGGCUGAUGU